UUCCCUCCCUACCAUCGCAUUUCAAUUAUCUCUUCCCGCUUUCGACUUAAAAUCAGAAGCACUUCUUUCUCUCCUUCUUCAAUCUCAAUGGCACGUACCAAACAAACCGCUCGCAAAUCCACCGGCGGCAAAGCCCCAAGGAAACAACUCGCAACCAAAGCCGCUCGCAAAUCCGCUCCGGCGACUGGAGGAGUGAAGAAGCCUCACAGAUUCCGUCCAGGAACAGUCGCUCUACGUGAGAUCCGUAAGUAUCAGAAGAGCACAGAGCUUCUGAUAAGGAAGCUUCCGUUCCAAAGAUUGGUUAGAGAAAUCGCUCAAGAUUUCAAAACAGAUCUACGAUUCCAAAGCAGUGCUGUUUCGGCACUUCAAGAAGCCGCUGAAGCUUAUCUUGUUGGUUUGUUUGAAGAUACUAACCUUUGUGCGAUUCACGCCAAGAGAGUUACCAUUAUGCCCAAGGAUAUUCAACUUGCUCGUAGGAUUAGAGGCGAGAGAGCUUAGAAUUUGUUGUUAGUAGGAUUAGAGGCGAGAGAGUUUAGAAUUUGUUGUUAAGUUUGGUGUAUCUCGAGUUUAGAAUUUGUUGUUAAGUUUGGUGUAUCUCUUCUUUGUAAGACAAGUCGAAUUCUUGGAAUCUGAAUUAAAAUGUAAACUCCAUGGUAUUUGUUUGAUGCUUUGUAAGACAA